UAAACGUUGAAUAAUUGCGAAACACCAUAACUGGGAGACGUGAACAUGCAAGUGAAACGGGAAAGGAUGCGAACAUCCCAGUCGCGACCAAUCUAUUGAGGCGUACUUCCGUCCAUUAUAUGUUACGCUAUUGACCUGCAGGUGCUGAGGAACAGCGACUUUGGCAUCAGCACCGGCUAAUUAUAAAAACAAGAGACAUUGCAAUAAAUACUGUUUUUCCUCGGAAGAUGGUAGCAAAACAGAGGAUCCGAAUGGCAAACGAAAAGCACAGCAAGAAUAUCACACAGAGGGGAAACGUGGCAAAGACUCUGCGACCGCAGGAGGAGAAGUAUCCUGUUGGGCCCUGGCUUCUGGCUCUCUUUGUGUUUGUUGUUUGUGGAUCAGCCAUCUUUCAGAUCAUCCAGAGCAUCCGGAUGGGCAUGUGAACCUUCGACCCCGAGCACAGCGUCUCUCUGUCUCUCUCUCUCUCUCUGUGACCUCUGACCCUUCCCAGACUUGGGGGGGAAUAUUCAGUAUGAUCCAGGGGAAAAGCCGGACGUCGCGGCGGUUUUCGGUCGCGGCCUGCGAAGGGAUCCCCCCUCCCGUAGACAACGUCGACGUUCGCACAUUGACUAAGUCCUGGGCUGAAGGGACGCAGUGCUUUUCUAUUGACUCUGCUGUCAAACCCCACACUAGCGGGCUCCUGCCCUUGCUAAUCAACUUACCGUUUUGAUGGUUAAAAGUGUCCAUUUCCUGCCGCCAAGUAAGCAGUCAACGAAUGUGUGCCAUACUGUGUUUCUAUAUUUAUGUGUUUCGAGUGAACUUUCUUUUUUCAAAUAAAUGGUAAAUUAUG